AUGGAGGAAAAGCCUUUCAAAGCGUUGGCCAAGUCUUCGGGCCACCAUGGCUCAGGCAAGUCGAGCCCGCACGACAUCCGGAAUCUGUGGACCACGGCCACGCAGUCGCAGCCGAAGCUGAAUGUACCGCUAUUUACUGUCUGUGAGGACUCGGAACUGGAGGGCAGCCUCGUAGGCGGCAAGACUCCCUGGUCUUACAACCAGAAGGCUGGCCACGGCUCGGACGGUGGCUGGGAAGAAUCGGAUGACGGAGAUGACAAGGACAGCUUCAAGCCAGAGGAGCUGGACGUGCACGCCUUGACGGAGCUGGAGAUGCGCCGUGGCAGCUCUCUGGGAGGCCCUUUAGAGGAGGACGAGUCCAAGACCGACGACGAAAAGUCUUCCUCAGUGUCAUCGCUCAAUAUCUCGAAGCACACACCCCAUCGAGCCUACUGGGUGGAGCAGCAGAGCAGGCUGCCCCUGCCCCUGACUGAACUCAUGGAGAAUGAAGCUCUGGAAAUCCUCACCAAAGCCCUCCGGAGUUACCGAUCGGAGAUCGGCCGGGACCACUUCCUGACCAAGCAGCUGCAGCGAUACAUCGAGGGGCUCAAGAGGCGACGGAACAAGAGGCUGCAAGUCAUGGUGAUCUGA